UAUGUGUGUAGUAAAGACGAGGUUAUUAUGAUAGGUAAUUUUAACCAGACAAGAAAGAUAUAUUUAAAUUCACAUUAAGUGCGUUAACACUCAAUAUUUACAUUAAAUCUACGUUUUAUUGCUGACUGUUGUAGAAUUUACGGCUGGGCAAUCAUAUUUAAACUAUCAUAAAAUGGCUCAAUUUAUAGGAAAAUGGAUUGAAGAUGGAAACUCAAUAACGAAUUAUGAUGAAUUUUGUAGAGGAAUGGGUAUAGCUGAUGAUAUGAUAGACCAACACAGAGGCUCAACAUCAGUUUUGGAAUAUGAACAAGACGGAGAUAACUGGACAUUAAAGAUGUCAUACAGUGGUUUACCAACCAAAAUAUUCAAAUUCCAACCUGGGAAAGAAUUGGAGACGAUAGGUUACUAUGACGAUGUGAUGAAGCUUAUGGUAACAUUUGAAUCAGACAGCAAAUGUGUGGUCGUUGAGAAAUGUGAAAUGAUGGAUUAUAAGCCAUUUACAACCACUCGAGAAAUUAAAGGCGAUUUGAUGUUAACAACUGUUGAACUUGAAAGUGGUGUAAAAAUGACUUCAGAGUUUAAAAGAGGGUGAUAUGGCUGUGGAAUGUUCAUAUUACAGUAUUCGAAUAGAGACAAACACCAACUGUUACAACUAGCCUGGUAUCCCGGUCCGA